AUGACAGAAAGGAAUCUAACAAUGAAAAGAAAACGUGAAGCGAUCGAAAAGAAACUAACGAAGAAACCCUUGGAAAACAUCAAUUCAUUCCUAUACAAACUUUGGUCUCUGGUAAAUGAUGACACAAUUCCGUCUAUACACUGGAGCCAUGAUGGCGAGAAAGUUGUCAUCGAGAAUCCUACAAAGUUCACCGCCAAAGUUCUCGCUUCUAGUGAUAAGCAACUUUUCAAAACAAACAACAUCUCAAGUUUUAUUCGACAGCUCAACCUGUAUGGCUUUCGUCGUGUAAAGGAAAAUUGUGGAAAGGUCCCAUUGAUAUUUCAACAUGGAUCAUUCAAACGCGGACGACCAGACCUUUUAGUGGAUGUAAAAAGAAAGAGGUCAACACCAAUGAAACAGCCCGUUCCUCUCGCUGGUCGUCCACUUUCCACUGCAAAAGGAAGAAAACCGAAUAUUCAACAAUCCCAAGUUCAUGCCAUGCCAGGGUUCCCCUCAUAUCCAACAAUACCAACUUCUCAAGCUUACUCGUACCUCAAUAAUACCACUGCCGUACUAGGUAAGAAUGCCCCCAUGCCUUUUGGCACACCAUUCGCAGUCAACCACGGACCAACAUUUAUCAACCUGGGCUCCCAAUCCACGAUACUAAGUAAGCCACGGAUACAAGAAAGCGGAGUUUCCAAAGAUGAAGAGACCAAGGCAUCCAGUGCCCAGAAAUCUGACGGAAAUGACCUGCAUAACUUAAAAGUCGCAAAUGAACCGUUGUUGAACCCGUGGCAACAGACAGCGUGCUACAAUACCAUGUUACAAGAUCAUAAAACAUUUACCGCCACCAACAGUUUGACACAUAAAGCAUUGAUGCAAAUGCAAGGAAACUCUCAUAAAUAUCCUGCACCUACCUACUUCAACAGCACUAUGCUAUCUGUUCCACAACUAGGUUACCGUAACUAUGGUGACCCGGGAGAGAGUGUAUCUUAUCAAAAUCUACAAAACCAUGCCUUGCCUAUCAAUCCUUACCAUCCCUUCUCACCAUUCCAUGCUCCACCAUUUCUAAAACCUAUCAGUCUUCCUAGCUCCCCUCAGGUAUCUCAAUAUUCUCCUAAAAUGCUGGUGAAGACCGCUAGUCCUAUGGCCUCCCCGACGUCGUUAGAAUCGUUCAGUAUAUUUUCUUCACGGAUGCCAAAAACCGAUAUGAACGAAAACAUCAAUGGAUUAACUGCUGACGAAGAGAAGAAAUGUGAUUUUGAUGAGAAAGAAUGACUCGUAGUUACUGUAGCGUUGUUGACCACAAAAACUUGAAACAAUUUGUGCUUAUCUGCUGAACGAUAAAAAAUCUAAACUUUAAAGUUGUUGAAACCCUCAGUUUUAAUUGGGCAAGUUUAAUUUAUCGUUAUUGUUUAGAGUUUCAGUAUUCAAAUUAGUAUUUAAUGACAGUAUUAUAUAGUGUGAAUGGUAAUAAAAACUGUAACGAGUACUGAAUAUGGUACUAAAUGCAUGUUCAACUUGUAUAAAACGGAUUUAUUGAGCACCAUUGGCAACAAAAACUGAGCAGUUUGCCACAAAUUUGCGGGUAAUCCUUUGAAGGAUUCAGCACAUUAUGUUAAUGCACAGCGAUGCACGAAUACCAUAGUGACUUCCAAUAUUAUACCAAAAUAAAUCGU